AUGGCCCGUGCUUACAACAAAAAGGUCCACCGGCGAUCCUUCGAAGAAGAAGACAAAGUGCUAAAGCAAAUUUUGCCAAUGCAAGAUGAAGCCAAAGGCAAAUUUGCUCCAAACUGGCAAGGCCCAUUUGUCAUUCAAAAGGUGCUACCGGGCGGAGCACUUGUUUUAGCAGAGAUGGAUGGACAGACAUUCCCUCAACCUAUCGACUCAGACAUAUGGCCAGCUAAUCAAACCAGAAGUUUCAGGGAUGAGGAGGCAAAGUUUAUGCUGUGUAAGGUUCGAUCAGUACAGUUUGGACAGAAAGGCAAGCCAUACCUGAAUACCUAUGAUGGUCAUACCAUUCGUUACCCAGACCCACUCAUCAAGGCCAAUGACACCAUCAAACUUGACCUGGAGACUUUUUUGAUUACUGAAUUCAUCAAGUUUGAUGUUGGGAAUGUUGUCAUGGUGACUGGGGGAAGGAACAGAGGUUGGGUUGGAGUAAUCAAGAAUAGAGAGAAACAUAAGGGAAGCUUUGAGACCAUCCAUGUCCAAGAUGCCACAGGUCACGAGUUUGCAAAAGUUCAGCCAAACUUGUAUCUGACAAAAGUUAGAAGACACAACAUUGGAAAAGGUGCAAAGCCCUGGGUGUCUCCCCCAAAGGGCAAAGGUAUCAAGUUGUCAGUUAUAGAGGAACAAAGGAAAAGGAUUGCUGCCCAGGCGGCUACUACUGCCUAAUUUUUCUACUAUUAGCGUCUUUGGGAGGGU